CAGAUGAAGAAGCUGGAGGAGGACCUUAAAAAGCUGAGGGAGGAUGCAACCAAGUGGAAAGAAGAGGGCAAGAAGGAGAUCUCUCAGCAAAUUGAGUAAGAGGACAGGAGUGGGUUUCAUACCCUGUGGGGCUGCAAGGGAGCCCAGGGGGUCUGGCAGCAUCCUGGUCUGCAGGCACAGCACAGUGCCCUGCAGCCCUGCAGGGGAAACCCUGACCUUGUCCCCAUCCUGCUGGCCAGGGCUUUGCGUCAGGACACAAAACUUGAGCUGCAGAAGAUGGGAGAGCAGCAGGAUAUGAGGUAUUCCACCCUGGAGCAGCUGGUGACUGAGACAGCCAACCAAGUGAACGAGCAGUUUGGCAUUACAGGAGAGACAACAUCUGGCCUAGGGAAGGAGCUGGAAGAGGAGAAUGGAGACUGCUCCAGUUGCACUUUCAACAUCAAAGCAUAUUUGGGGAAGCUCCUCCAGCGCUACGAGAAACUCCAGGAGAAGGUGGAAUCCCUGGAGUCCCGGCAGAUGCCCAGGGGAAAGCUCAAGAAAAUGAUGAAGAACUGGGGACAGCUGGAGAAUGACCAUGAGCGGCUGCACUACAUGGAGGAAACACUUGUACAGAUGAAAGAAGACUGUGAGAAGCUCAGCUUUGUUUCUGGGAGCCUGCAGAAAGACGCUGAACAAAAGCAGAAAGCGAUCAAGAUGCUGUUCCAGUCUCUGGAGAAGGUGCAGAAAGAGAAAACAGAUGAGCAGGACAUGAUGGCAGCAAUGGACAUGAAGGCGGACAAAGCUGCCCUGGGCAGCAAAGUCAACUGCAGCCAAUUUGAAGCACAUAUGGAGCGUCUGGAUAAGAGGAUGCAGGAGUUGCAGAGCCAGAUUUCGGGCCAGGAGGAGCACUGGAACAAUAUGCAGCAGCAGCUCAGCUGUGUGGUGGAAGAAAAGCUGGAUCGCCUGGAGCUGAAGGCUUUCGGCUCCCAGAUGGAGGAGACGUGGAACAGGAACAUGGAGGAACUUGAGAACAGGCUGUUGCGUGAAAACGCUGCUGGGAUUAAGAAGCAGCUGCCAGUCCCUUUCUCGUGCCUGUCCUGUGACCGCAUGCUCACCGUGCAGGUCCCUGGCCAGUGCCCCGAGACACUCCCGUAUUUGCCGCCGCUGCCUCCCAGCAAGGAGCCACCGCACAGCCAAAGGAGGCCGGUGGCCCAUGGCAGGUUCCCCCGUGUGCCACCGAGCUCUGGGGACCAUCACAACAGCAGUUCCAUGGUGCAGAACAUCAGGGCUUCCCUCCAGAGAAGCGGUCAGCAACAGGCCUUGACAGUCCAGAAAAAGCCCAGUGUGACCCAGCUGCUGGACAGUGAUGGACACAUCUCAAGGGGCCGUAAAGUCCAGCAUCCUACGGCGAUCAGGACACAGGAUACAUCAGGCCCUGCCGCCUCACGAGGGCUCCGGCCAAGCACAGCCCCCCGACACAUCUCGAGUGCACCAGGGCUCGUCCAGCCUCUCCAGCCCCUCCGGACAUCCACAGCCCCCAGCCAGCUGGAAAGGACUCCGCGCCCAGUGCUCGACCUGGGACAUCUCCUCAGAAGCGAGAAACGCCUGUGACACUGCUGUUGAGAAGCAUGAUAUUUUAGUUGUAUUAAGUUGUAUUAUUUAGUUGUAUUUAGUUGUAUUAUAAGUUAAUAAAACCCGUUAAACUGUA